AUGAUACCUCAAAUUUUCAUUGGUUUAAUAUUGUUCAUUUGUGCUUCAGAUGAAUAUCGAAACGGUGGUAUACGCUUCGAUACAGCCGUUGAAAAACAGGAUUCAAAACAAAAAGGAAGUGCGACAAUUCGGGUAGUAAAGAGACGACAGAGCGGUUAUGGAAUUGCUAUCAGCAGUGAUAGUACAGCUAAAAUGCGAUGUCGAUUACGGAAACAACUUUUUAUUAAACGGAAUAAAAUUUGUCAAAUUUCAUUAGCAUUUGGCUUAGCAGGACUUAUUUUUAUUAUUAUCGACUCCGAAAUUACUGCUGCAACCGGUGAUAGUAAUUUUAACAAGUCACAUCCAAUUUCAUUAUUGCUUCGAACCAUAUGUGUAAUAUGUACAAUUGCAUUGAUGGCUAGUUUAGUUCAUUAUCACUCUACUGAAGUAAAAAUGGCAUUAGUAGAUAGUGGCGCAGAUGACUGGAGAGUGGCACUUACAACAGAACGAGCUAUUAAAUUGACUGUCGAAUUAAUUGUCUGUGCUAUUUGUCCAUUUCCAGGUACAGGAGUAAUGCAAUGGUCUUACAUUCAUCCGGAUAGUAGGAAGGCCACUAUGGUUAAUGUACCCGUUGAUGUUAUGCUAUCAGUACCAAUGUUUCUUCGCGCAUACCUUCUUUGUAGAUUCAUGGUUUUACAUAGCAAACAAUUUCAGGAUGCGGCAACACGUUCAAUAGCUGCUCUAAAUCGAAUAUCUAUGGAUUUUCGGUUUGUGAUCAAAACAAUGAUGGCUAAUCAUCCUCUCAGGGCAUUAAUUGUAUUUACCGUAUCAUUUUGGAUCUGUAUGUCAUGGAUGUUUACACAAUGUGAACGAUAUGAUCGGCAAUUAUCAGCGAAGCAUUAUUAUCUUAAUUCAUUAUGGUUUAUCAUAGUUACAUUUAUGUCAGUUGGUUACGGUGAUAUUGUGCCGAACACAUAUUGUGGUCGAACAUUAGCAAUAACAACUGGCAUUGUAGGUGCCGGAGUAUCAUCAACCCUGAUUGCUGUUAUAUCACGAAAAUUGGAGUUAAGCCGAGCCGAAAAACAUGUCAACAAUUUUAUGGCUGAUUCGAAACUUACUAAUCAACGAAAGCAUGCAGCCGCUUUAGUACUUCAACAAACAUGGUUUAUUCAUAAAUACAAGAAUUCAUGCAAUAAAGGUGAUGAAUUACGAUUAAGGCACCAUCAGAGACGAUUUCUGCAAGCUAUUUAUGAUUUUAGACGAAUCAAAUGGGAACAACGAAAAUUGCAAGAACGUGGAAAUUUGCUGCUCGAUUUUGGAAAGUUACACAACGAUAUGCACGAAACAUUAUGGGAAAUGCAUCGUACACAAAAUCAAUUUAUUGCACAGAUGAAUUUACUGACCGAAAAAAUUGUCGAACUUCAAUAUGCUCUAAAACAACAACAAUCACUUUCCCAUCAUAAACCAAAUCAACGUCAAAUAUCAAGUGUUGAUAGCUUUGAAUUUGAGCAUUCAACAUUAGUACCCACGUCAUCGGUGUUACCUUCUUUUAGUACAAAAUAG